CUGUAUUCCUUGGUUCUAGUUUCUUCUACUAUGUUUAUGUCAUUGUUAAUUCUCCAUUUUCUUCUUAUUCAAAGUAGCUUAGAGACAGAAUUGAGACGAGAGCUGAAGCAAACCGGGUUGGAUGUGUUUUCGCUGUUUAGAACUUCCACGCGGUCAAUCGAAACUCCUAUCUUAUCACCAUAUGUGUCGUCAUUCUCGUCGAGUUUGCUGUACAAAUCUUACAUAACCAUGUUUCACGUUGCAUACUAAGGUAUGAUCUCUGGACUCUUGGUUUCUAUGAUCUCGCUCAAACUUUGGAGCUUUAAUACUGGUUGGAAUGGGUGUAAACGUUUCGCUUUCGC